CCUAUCUCGCCUACAUACAUAGAUAGAUGCACGAUCAUGUAAGUUAUACCUACUUAUAUAAACACAUAUCUCUUGGUCUUCAGGUGGUUAGCCCACCGUGGGCUUUUUUGGGCAGACGAAGACCGAGAACACUCUGUAGUGUCGGCUGAGGUAAUUCAAACGGUUUUCAAACGUUAGCUAUCUCCCUGGAUACAUAGCUAGAUAGCUAUCUACAGUAGACUGGCGUUGAGAAGAGGGGUAGUUGUAGUUAACUUACAAGUCGUCUUCUCGGUAAAGCACUCCCGAGGUCACUAUAUCUUGCGUAUAAAUAUCCUCGAUCAGGCUUGAUAGUAGAAUAGAAGACCAGAAUCGACUUAUUGCUAUUACAUUCAUUGUCGUCACCAUGAAGCCAGUUGACAAUAGGAUUUCCGGCCGCUUGGCACUGAUUACAGGCGCUUCUGGAGGGAUCGGCGCCGCGGCUUCUCGCACCCUCUGGGCUGAAGGCUGCUCACUAGCUUUAACUGGAUACAGCAAGUUCCAAGUCGUUGAGGAUUUAGUCAAAGAGCUAGAGUCAAAGCCUACUGUCGAAGGCCAGAAAAUUACCGCCUAUCAAGUUGAUACAGGCGACGCUGCCGCCCUUGAGAAGCUGUUUCAGGACAUCAAGAAGAACCAUGGACAAGAUGGACCUGAUAUUUUAGUCUCGAAUGCCGGUUAUGGAAAGCGUCUCCCCGGAAUCCUAGACGUGAGCAUUGAGGAAUGGGACUAUACGCUCAAUAUCAACCUACGAGCGUCUUUCAUCCUAUCUAAGCUCAGUAUCCCACAUAUGGAAGCUCAAGGGUGGGGGCGCAUCGUUUUUGUUUCCUCCAUAGCGGCCAUUGGUGGUGGCAUAAAUGCUUGCCAUUAUGCCGCAUCAAAGGCCGGAUUAUCAGGAAUGAUGAAAAACUUAGCAAAUAAGCAUGCAGCAGCUGGUAUCACGGUGAACGAUGUGGCACCCGCGAUGAUAGGAGACACAGGAAUGAUUCCAGAUUCAAAGAUGCUGGAGGGAACUCCCGGUGACGUGAGGAAAAUCCCAGUAGGGAGGUUAGGGACGCCAGAUGAGUGUGCCGGGGUUAUUAAGAUGUUAUGUAACACGGGCUACUUGACGGGGCAGUCCAUACUAUUGAGCGGUGGCUUGAAAUGAUCCUGGCAUAUGGAGCGUUUUAGGCACAAUUAACCUUGAAAACAUACAAGAAAAUAUCAUCCCACUUGGCUUGUGUACAUCAGUAUACCUCCUAUGGUGUCCAACGACAGGGCAGAGACUGGACAACCCCGCGUACAAGUCCGAAGAGGUACCCUAGCAAUUACGUGAUUCGGGGGUUAAAAAGCGGAUCCCGGAGCUGUACCGGUGCCGAAUAGAUUAGGCGGCUCUCA